AUGAAUAAGAGGAUUACAGCGAGUGCGACGGGUUUCAGCGAGCUGUUUUUCAUAAAGGAGCCCCACGACGUGAGCGCUCUGAGGAGGGACGCUGUGGUUCUGGCCUGUCAGGCCCACGGCGAGGCUCCCAUCGGCAUCCGGUGGCUGAAGAACGGGGCCGCUCUCGCAGAGUCGGAGCGCCUUUACCUGCUCGCCAACGGCUCUCUGUUCAUCUCAGAGGUGGAAAGUCGUAAAGACAAAUCAGAUGAAGGGUUCUACCAGUGCCUUGCCCAGAACAAAUAUGGAUCUAUCCUCAGCCAGAGAGCCCGCUUGACUAUCUCGAGUUUAUCCUCCUUCACUCAGCAGCCGGCAUCAAUCACGGUUAUGGAGGGAUCAGUCGCACGAUUCGUCUGUAAGAUCACAGCCACGCCCCCACCAAUCAUCACCUGGGAGUUCAACAGAGUCACUUUACCACUGGCCACUGAAAGAAUCACAGUGCUGCCCGGCGGAGUCUUACAGAUUCAGGGAGUGGAAGCGGCUGACGCUGGGAGUUAUCGCUGUGUGGCGACUAAUAUGGCCAGCCGCCGCAAGAGCUCCGAGGCCGAGCUAACCGUGACCGCAGCUCCAUCUCCCAGAGUUCCCCAAAGGCCUCGUAUCAUCGCCGGUCCGCAGAACCUGACCGUGCCGGUUCACAGCACAGCUCUCCUGGAGUGCAUGGCCACCGGAAAUCCUCGCCCGCUGAUCUCGUGGAGCCGCGCCGACCACAAAUCCAUCGACGUGCACAAAACGAAGGUUCUGGGCAAUGGGAACCUGCUCAUAUCUGACGUGAAACCCCAGCACGCCGGGAUCUACUUUUGCCGCGCAACUACUCCAGGAACCAGAAACUACACGAUUGCAGCUGCUAACAUAACUGUGCUAGCGCCUCCGUCUCUUGUGGAGUGGCCGGAAAGCGUGACCCGACCGAGGGCCGGCACCGCCCGCUUCGUAUGUACGGCCGAGGGAUUCCCAGCACCUCAGAUCACAUGGCUGAAGAACGGUGAACCCGUUCACUCGAAUGGACGCGUCAAGAUGUAUAACAGUAAGCUGGUGAUUAACCAGAUCAUUCCAGAAGAUGAUGGCAUAUACCAGUGUCAGGCGGAGAACGAGCAGGGCUCGGUUCUGGCCAUGGCUCGUUUGAUAGUAGUGAUGUCGGACAACCGGCCGAGCGCUCCCAGAAACGUCCGAGCGGACACUGUGUCCAGCUCAGCCAUCCUGCUGGCCUGGGAGAGACCCAUGUACAACUCAGACAAAGUCAUCGCCUACUCGGUGCACUACAUGAAGGCAGAAGGUCUAAAUAACGAAGAGUACCAGAUUGUUAUCGGUAACGAUACCACCCGCUACAUCAUUGAUGACCUGGAGGCCGGGCGAAACUACACCUUUUACAUCGUAGCGUACAUGCCGAUGGGUGCUAGCCGCAUGUCUGACCACGUCAUACAGCGCACAUUCGAGGACGUUCCUCUGCGUGCUCCUGAGUUGAGCCUCACCAGCCGCAGUCCCUCUGAUAUCCAGGUUUCGUGGCAGCCUCUGUCUCAUAAGCUGAGUCGCGGCCGUGUGUCUGGGUACCGCCUCUCGUACAGGACCAGCACAGACGGAGCAGUGACGCAGCUGGAGCUCUCUGGACACAAAACCCAUCAUCUCCUGGAGAGUCUUCUGCCCGACACCACCUACCUGCUCCGCAUCGCUGCAGCCACCAGCAUUGGGUGGGGAGAACCUUCAGCCUGGACGUCCCACAGGACACCGAAGGCUUCCAGCACUAAAGUGCCCCUGGCCCCAGAGCUGCAGCUGGAGUCUCUGAACUGCACGACUGUGGUUUUGCGUUGGCAUCUUCCGGCGGGCGGCGCCACUGGACUGCAAGGCUACAAACUUUCCUACCAUGAAGAGAGUGAGCCAGAAGGACCGGCGACCCAGAUCCCCCCUCAUCAGCGCCAGCACACCAUCGGAGGCCUAGAUCCAAGAAAGAAGUACCACGUCAAGCUCUUGGCCUACAGUUUCAUGGGUGAAGGAUACCAGGCAGAUCAGACCAUCAGCACCCCGGGAUGUGUUUCGGUCCGUGAUCGUCUGGUCCCGCCCCCUCCGCCGCCGCAUCACGUUUACGCCCGCAGUAACUCCUCCUCCUCUGUGUUCCUGCAUUGGGCCCGACCCGCUUUCAGCGGCGCACAGACGGUCAACUACACGGUGCGCUGUAACCCUGUGGGACUCCAGAACGCCUCGCUGGUGCUGUACCUGCAGACCGCGGCCCAGAGCCUGAUGGUCACAGAUUUGGACUCAAACACAGAUUAUGAGUUUGCUGUCCGUCUUCACGUGGAUCAGCUGUCCAGUCCCUGGAGUCCUGUGGUUUACCAGACCACACUACCUGAAGCUCCCGCUCAGGCUCCCGUCGGAGUGAAAGUCACUCUGAUCGAAGGAGACACGGCGCUGGUGUCAUGGAAACCGCCGGACGAGCUCAACGUCGCCGUGACUCGUUACACCAUCCUGUACGCAUCACGCAGAGCCUGGGCCGCCGGAGAGUGGCAGAUCCUGCAGAGAGAAGGGAGCGUCACGAUGGCCCUGCUGGAGAAUCUCCAGUCUGGUCAGGUGUACCUGGUGAAGGUCUCGGCGUCCAAUCAGAUGGGAGACGGGCCGUUCUCCUCGGCGGUAGAACUGACCGUGCACACAGAUGGCCACGCCCCCAGAAAACACGUCUCCGCCCACGGCACGGCGUCUUCCGAUGGUUUCUAUCACCUGGAUCAGAGGUCAAUGACGGGGAUAGUGGUGGGCGUGAGCAUCGCUUUAGCCUGUAUUAUCAUCUGCAUCCUCAUACUGGCCUGCAGGAGCAAAAGCAGGCAAUCCUCCACGACCAAAUCCACCAGACAAGCAGGAGGGCAGACUCCGCCCACCGCUGUCCGUCUGGCCAAUCAGAGUCAAGCGGAGAGCGUGGAGGUGAUGAUGCCCAUGAUGAGGGAUCAUUUCAUCGAUGCAAAGGGCGGAACCAAUCUGAUCAUUAACAGCUUUGGACCAGUGAAGCCCGGCAUUAAGAAGAAAAGAAAGAGAUGGAACUUCUUUAAGAGGGAUAGCAAGGAUGUGAAGAGGGUCUCCAGUCCAUCUUACUCCUAUCAUCACGGCACGACCUUGCUGUGUUACACAGAAACCUCUCCUCAGCACCCGCCGUCCUCGCUGCAGGGCCUGUUCGGGCCCCCGGGGGCCGACAGCGAGGGCUCUCAUUCCAGCGAGGGCAGCCACGAGACGGGCGACUCGGGACGCUACUCUCACGACGACACCGAGGCGACGAACCUGUCCCUGGGCGCCGGCAGCCGCUCGGCGUCGCUGCGGGGCGAGGAGAGCGAAGCGUCGGACGAAACGCCCGUCCGCGAGGUUACAGAGAAAGAGCCGCGGCGCCACGCGACUCCACCGACGGACGACACUCUUCAGGAACAGGAAAUGAUGAAGCGUUAGCAAAAAACACUCGCGCUCUCUGGUGCCCCCUUGUGUUUAAACGGACUACU